UCAAAAACAUAAACCUUUUACCCCUAUUUCCCCUAUAAUUUAUAAAAAUACUAUAAAUAAAUGCUCCCUUCACACUAUUUCACAGUUUUUCAAUCACGUUUCUCUUCCCCCGAACCCUAACACAGCCAAACCAAAGCUGCUGCAAACACCCGUCCCCUUUCGGCUUUGCUUUAGUUCUCGAAUCUUAUUUCCUUCAUCUACCCAAAUGUAAAUGUAAUUUCCUUUUUUUUUAACAGGGUAUUUUCUUCAUCAUCUUCAUGGCUUCAGCUUGUGUUAACAACAUCGGUGUCUCACCGGAGAGUUUCCAGACUACAACAAGUUACUCUUCAUAUGGUUGGUUGAGUCCUAGGAUUUCCUUCAGCCGAGAAGAGGAGUCUUCUAAGUCUAGACCCAAGUCUCCUACUGAUCCCUCUUCUACAGAUCCUGAUCCUGGUUCUGAUCCGCCAGAGAUCCAAGAUACCCCUGCUGGUGACUUUGAGUUCAGGCUUGAAGAUCCUGUCACGAUGCUUCCAGCUGACGAGCUUUUUUCUGAUGGUAAGCUCGUGCCUUUACAUUUCUCAACUCUGAAACCACAUCCUCCUGUGAAUGCUUUGUCUGAGAUCAGGUCUCCCGAAACAGCCAAAUCUUGCCGUAGAAUAGAAAUGGAGAUUUCUGGCACGGAUCCUUACUUGUUUUCACCUAAAGCUCCAAGGUGUUCAAGUAGGUGGAGGGAACUUUUGGGUCUUAAAAAGUUUUCCCAAAACACUAAUCAACCUCCCAAAUCCGAGUCUCAAAGCAAAAUCUCAUUAUUAUCUAACAAUAACACGAAAUCUCUCAAGCAUUUCCUUCACAGAAGCUCCAAAUCUUCUUCUUCCUCCUCUUCCACUGCAUCCUGGGCAGACUCUUCAUUAAGUAUUCCCUUGUUGAAAGACUCAGAUUGUGAGUCAGUCUCUGUAUCUUCAUCAAGGUUAUCCCUUUCUUCUUCAUCUUCUGGUCACGAACACGAGGAUCUUCCAAGGCUGUCACUUGAUUCCGAUAAGCCAAGUUUGAACAACCCUAGCCCCAAUCCUUUCGCUCCUUGUAGAAAUAUAAACCCAAACCCACCAAGAAUGAGGAUGGUUAAAGCAAGACCAGGUUCGGGGUCGGAUAGUAAUCAAAUGGCAGCUGGUGGGACUCGAAUGGGUCGGAGUCCGAUCCGGAGGGAUUCAUCAGGUGGAGUAACAAGCAGGGGAGUUUCAGUUGAUAGUCCAAGGAUGAACUCUUCGGGCAAAAUCGUGUUCCAAAGCCUGGAAAGAAGUUCAAGCAGUCCAAGUAGCUUCAAUGGUGGUCCCAGGUUUAAACAAAGAGGAAUGGAGAGGUCGUAUUCAGCUAAUGUUAGAAUCACCCCAGUUCUUAACGUCCCCGUUUGUUCCUUGAGAGGAUCUUCAAAAUCAGGCUCUGUUUUUGGAUUCGGACAGUUGUUUUCAUCUUCCCCACAAAAGACUGGAAAUGGAGGAAGUAGCAAAGGGCAUCAGAGUAGCAACAGCAGCAGCAGCAGACACAAAACAACAGAUCGAAAUCAUUAAAAAAGAACCAAAAACAAAAAGAGAGAUUUGGUAACAAAUUUAGUACUAAGCAUUAAUUAGUUGUUGAAUAACAUUUUUAACGUUUUCCUGUGUUAUUUUUAAGAUUUUAUGUCAUGGGAUCUUUUUUGUUUUAAUUUCCUUCAAGGGUUCUCAAGUGAUACAACUUUCACAUUUCCCACAUUUUAUCGUAGCUCUCCUUUCUCAUUAACAAAAACUUGUAGAAUUUAGAUGUAAAUACCCUUUUUUUUCGUUCUUAUUAAUGGUUGUUUUAAUUUUUUUUUUUAGUAUUUUGCUGACUUUUCAAUGGAAAAAGAAAAGAAAAAAACUUGAGUUUGGAAGAAUUUGGUUCACGUUUUUGAGAUUGUAAGGUUUUCUUCGCUCUGAUAUGAAAGAUAUGGAAUCUCUGUUUUUCGCUGUUGUUUGAUGAGUUGAGAGACUAGGGUGGGGGAUUUGUUGUCCAAACCACGCGCUGGAAAUGCGCUUCUGUCAGGAUUUUUCAGUCUUUGACAAUAGUCAUGUAUUGUUCAUCUAAUGUGUCUUUUUCAAUAAAUUUUUUGAAAUUUGUUGUUUACUAUGAAGUUUGGGAAAUAA